ACAGGAAGAGACGACCAACACACACAGACAUGAAUGACAUGGACCCGUCCAUCACCCUGUGGCAGUUCUUGCUCCACCUGCUGGAGGACCAGCGUCAGAGUCACCUGAUCUCGUGGACAGGUGAAGAUGGAGAGUUUAAGCUGUUGGACGCUGAGGAAGUGGCUCGACUGUGGGGACUACGCAAGAACAAGCACAACAUGAACUACAACAAGCUGAGCCGAGCCCUGAGAUACUACUACGACAAGAACAUCAUAAAGAAGGUGAGCGGUCAGAACUUUGUUUAUAAGUUUGUCAGUCAGCCUGACCCUUCACUGCCUGAAGAGACUGAGGCACUGAAGAACGACAAUGUAGACGCUGGCAACCAAUCAAAAUGCCCCGGGGGCGUGUCGCCAGCCUGUCCGUCAAAGACCUUACCUCAGCGCUCGUCGCCCAAAAGUUCCAGAAACGACUACAUGAGGUCCGGCCUCUACUCCACCUUCACCAUCCACUCACUGCAGGCCACGCCCAGCCCCCGGCCAAUCAGAACAGAGCUGCAGCAGGAGCCCGCCCCCAAGCUCGACCGCAUACCCCGAGAGGUCUCUGUACUGCCAGGGUCUAAAUCUUCAUCAGUAGGUGGUGCUAUAGACUCUUCUCUCCAGGUGAUGGUCACUCAGUCCUCGCCGUGUCCGACUCCGGUGCUCAGUCCUGAAAUUCCGGCCAAUGCCAGCAGCCAAUCACAAAAUCCUCCUGUGAGUGACCCUCCUCAGAUCUAUCUCACCAGUGUCGGGGAUCCCUCCUCCCUCACCCCCCUCAUCCCCCUGCAGGCUCCUGUGGGGGACUCACUGACCCCUCCACAGGAGCCUGCUUCUCACCCGAACCACCCCCCGCACGUCUUUGUCAUCUUCAACCCCCCUGCCAACCAGCAGCAGCAGCAGCAGCAGCAGGUGGCUAUGACUGCUGCUCCUCCUCCCUCUGUGGCUCCGCCUCACACUGUUCGUCCCUCCAUUGUCAUCAAGGAGGAGAACCUGCCGUCAGAGGAGGAGCUGCUGGAAAUGGUUUCUCUGGAGGAGAAGCAGGUGGACGAGAAUCCUCCUGUUCCUGCUCCUCCUACUUUGAACGACCCUCCUCACAUCUAUCUCACCAGCGUCGGGGAUCCCUCCUCCCUCACCCCCCUCAUCCCUCUGGGCGGGUCAGCAAGCUCCACCCCUCCACUUCCUGCCUCCGUCGGCAUGAACACGCCACAGCAGGAUGAUUGUGUUGAAGAAACUCACUUCCCUCCUCACCCUCACACUGCUCCGACUCACCCGACCCCACAGGUCUUUGUCAUCAUUAACCCUCCUACCCCCCAGCAGCAGCAGCAGGUGGCUGCUCCUCCUCCCUCUGUGGCCCCGCCUCCCACCGUCCGUCCCUCCAUUAUCAUCAAGGAGGAGAACCUUCCGUCAGAGGAGGAGCUGCUGGAGAUGGUUUCUCUGGAGGAGAAGCAGGUGGACGAGGUUCCUCAGUUGAUCUGUGACUCGGGCGACUCACAGCCCCCCCUCACCAUUGUAGAAACCCCGCCCCCUUCCUGCUUGCAGCCCGGGGUCAGAGGUCAGCAGGCCACAGGGGAGGGCGUAGUGGAGAUGGAGAGGAAGGACACACUGACAGAUCCCCCUGUUACUGUGGUGAUCGCCUCCUCCUCUCUCACCUCCUCUUCCUCCUCCUCCUCUCUCUCCUCCUCCUCUCUCUACUCCUCCUGGACAGUAACCCCUCCUGUGACCUCCACCUCAGACGUUGCCCCUCCAAAACCAAAGAAACCUCGAGGGCUGGAGCUGCCCUCCUCGCCCUCCCUCCCCCCCGGCCUCUCUCUGGAUAAGGUGAACGCAGCCGUGAACAGUCUGCUCGCUCCAACCACCAACACACUGACGCCGACGGUCAUCACGUCACACGCUCUGACUCCGGUCCUGUUGACCCCCAGUCCUCUUCCCUCCACCAUCCACUUCUGGAGCACGCUCAGUCCCAUCGCUCCUCGCUCUCCGGCCAAACUCUCGUUCCAGUUUCCGUCUAAUGGCAGCAGUAAUAAUCAGAUCCACAUUCCAGCUCUGAGCGUUGACGGUCUGUCCACUCCCGUCGUCCUCUCUCCUGGUCCUCACAAACCCUGAGCUCGCUCCUCACUCCUCGCUCUUCUCUCAGGUCAGGACUCACCUGACUGUCUCCCCCUGGAGGCCCGGAGGACAACUGCACCUGGACAGCCGCUGACACACUCCAGGAACAGGAAGUGUGGCUGUCAGACAGGAACUUGUUGAAGGCCUUGUUCCCUCAGCGUGAGUGCUGUGGUGAGCGCUGCUCGUCACAUGAACGAGGGAUUCUUCUUCUUCUUUUUUUCUGCGGACUGUCAAUGAUAUGAGAACGUUAACGUCUGAGGGACGUUUUUUUUUUUUUUGAUGAAUUUGAAUUCCAGUGUUUGUUUUUCAUGUUUUCAGGAGGGUGGUCCAUGUCAAAGUGGGCGUGUUUGAUUUUCACACCCUGCCGUCGUCUCUGCUGGUUUUCUUCACAAAUGUGAUUUUUCCUGGCCACGCCCCCUCACAUGUAUGCAUGUCCUGUUAUUGGACUGAUGUCCUCAGCAUGACUUUGAAUGGACCAAUCACAGAGCAGAGACGAUGAUGAUGAUGAUGAUGAUAAAGAUCAUCAGCAGAGUCAUUUCUCUUUAAAGUGUUAGGAUGUUUGUUUUCUGACGUGUGGUCAUGUGACUCCUGGUGAGUGAAUCUUUUUGAUGACGACGACGGUCGUUUUCCUCGGGCAGCUCUGAUUGGUCCAUAUUUUUCCUGAACGCUUUGUCGGUGACCUGCAGUGAUGAUGUCACAGACAAAGGUGUAAUGACGUGCUGGCGGUGAUGGGGGCGCUGACGAGGUCACACAUGAUUUGUUGUUGAUACAAAUGUAGAAACAUUGUAUGUUUACGUUAUUGAUGAAUAUUUAGCUGCUACAUUAGCCAGCAGCCGUGAUAUUAGCUGGAUGAGGGUUUUUUUUUAGCUUCGAAGGUCGUGACCUUAUGUCCCAGUUAGAAAACAAUAUAUUUUACUUCUGAUCUAUAAUCAGUAAUAUUUAAAAAAAAAUUAAAUUGUGGCUGUUUUUGUAGAUGUAAAUACUUAGCAUUAGCUCCUCUUUAGCUUCAGUCAGCGAGGAUGUGCUCGUCACUGAGAGCUCGUCACUGAUAGCUCGUUAGCGCCCCCCUCUGCAUGAAACAAAGCACUUUUUAGUACAUUGACAUUUACAGGGAGACUCUCCGUGGGCGGGGCUCCCUGCAGCACAGAUGCAUUGUGGGUCACGUGUAAAUGUGUGGCUACAUUGAAAACUGCAGGGGAAAAAUUCAGCUGCAAAACGUACAAAGUUUUAUUUAAAAAAAAUAAAUAAAUAAUAAUAAUAAUAAUAAUCAAAGUGAUAAUCACGACUUCUUUACGACUGUUGUUGUUUGUGAUGCUAACUGCUAGCGCUGUUGUUACCACGCUAACCUUACCUGACUGUUGCUGUUAUUGUUGCUGAUGCUCCUCGUGGUGGCGCUGUUUACAUGUUUAUCUAUGCUUCUGUGUGUGUGACCACCAGUCUGUAACACACACACACAGGUGUUGAGUGUCAGGACGUGAGUGAAGCUCGUGAAUCAGCUGACUGUGACUGACUGAUGUGGAGUGAGUAAAUAUAACGGUGACGAUGAUAAU